UUCGCCAAAUAGUAUCGGCGAGACAGACUCAGUGUCUUGCAGCUACAUUAACCCAUCAACAUCUUCGUCAACCAUCACUUACACGGAUUUAGUGACUGAAAUGGUUCAUACAGACUACUCCAAGGUUUCUCUUCCUCCUGUUCUCACCCACCAGCCAACACCUGCAUCUUGUACUCUGCCAGCCACAAACAACUGGCUUGGACAGUAUGGUUUCUGUAUAUCGUUUGGUCCUCAGGAGAAGCCCACUAAAAGCACAGCCUGGACGUAUUCAGAAAUGAAAGACAAACUGUACGUAAACAUGGGAACUGCUUGUCCCGUGAGGUUCCACACAACGCACCCACCCCCUCCCGGCUCGGUGCUCAGAGCUAUGGCAGUGUUUACCAAACCAGAGUACGUUAAAGACGUGGUUAAACGCUGCCUGAACCAUUCAAGUCCAAGUGACGUGACCAAUGAAAACCAUCCAGCUCCUGACCAUCUGAUUCGUUGUGAAAGUCCACAAGCAUACUAUGUUAUGGAUUCUAAUAGUGAAAGACAGUCAGUUAUUGUACCUUUUGAAAAUCCACAAGUUGGAAUGUCGUACACAACUUAUCUCUUCAAGUUCAUGUGCCUGGGCAGCUGUGUGGGAGGACUGAAUCGACGACCAAUAAAAAUUGUUUUUACUCUUGAAAAUAAAUGCGGCUUGUGUAUGGGGCGUCAGUCUUUGGAAGUAAGGAUUUGUGCUUGUCCUGGGAGAGAUCGUAGAACUGACGAGAAACACUUUGAGCGGCAACAUGAACCACAUUCUCAAGGUCUUGGAGAAGCCGUUAAACGCACAUCUAAUGAGAUAUGUCAAGAGUUUGUGACUGUAGCUCCUGCCCCAAAGAAACCAAAGUCGAACAACGAAGAUGAUGAGAUCUUCACUAUUAAGGUAAUCAUGAAGAUUACCAUGCAUGACAAAACCUAG